UAAGCUCAAAAUGAACAAUACAUCAGAAUGCAUAGUCACCAUAAACACUGCAGCAAAGUCUACCAUAACAGCACUGGUAUUAAGUGCCAUUGCGCUGGUUUCUCUGCUUGGAAAUGGUCUUCUUAUACUCGUUUUCUUCAGAUCAAAGGCUGUAAAGAAGGCAACGAACGUGUUCAUAAUCAAUAUGGCUGCUUCCGAUCUCCUUUUUCCUGUUUUUCUACUUCCGCGUCAAAUUAUCGCGGCCAUUACAAGAUCGCCACCAGAAUUAUUCCUCGUCCGUGGAGCCAUGGGUUCCUUUCUUUGCAAGAUCUCCACCUUCCUCACUGACGUGUCCAUUACAGUGUCAAUACAUUCCUUGGUCAUGAUUACCAUGGAGCGGUUUCUUGCUAUCGUUUUUCCAUUCAGAAUUCGUCAACUCUCUUCUAAAGCACGUCUCUACGCCAUUUUGAUGGUGUGGAUCAUAGCGUUGGGGAUUCACUCGCCAUACUUCUACACACAUAGAUUGACGAGUUCAGGAAGAUGCGAUUACAACUGGGAACCAGCAUUCAACCACAAAAUUACGCACACCCGCUAUUACACCGCCUUGUUUGUGCUGAUUGUCAUUUUGCCCUUCACUUUGAUUACCAUCCUUUAUUCCGUGAUGGUUUGUUGCCUCUUCCUGAACAAGCACAAGCUUGUAAUACAUCGCUCCAGUGAGAAUGCUCCUAGAAGAAGAAGCGGAGCAAAAGAACUCAGAAUGUUAAAGAUAGCAGCGACUAUUGUCAUUGCCUUUGCAGUAUGCUGGGGUCCUUUCAACAUCAUACAGUUCUUUCACCUGUUUGCCCCAUGGAAACUUAAAAAACUUAAUUGCAACAUCGGUGAUGUGUUGACUCAAAUUGCCUUUAUUUUGGCGACUGCCAACUGCACGGUUAAUCCAAUCGUUUGCCUCGUCUAUUUAAGGAACUACCGUUUAAAAGAGAGUUUGGCAAGUUUACGGUCACAAUUCAGCAACAUUUCUAAAGGGAGUCAACGAGAAACUGAAUUGUAAAAUAAGCGCCAGGUGGUUGGUUCAAGUGCACUUAUUACCCAUGCAUUUAAGAAAUAAGUACCUUUGCUCAUAAUUUGGUAAUCAAGUUUUAUCAAGAGAUAUGGUAAAUUCUUGAAGAAAACAGUCCAAAUAGCCAACAAAAAUCUUUUUGCAUUUUACAGUAGAAAAAAAAAAUGCAAAAAAAUUAAUAAAACAAAACAAGUCAAACUUCAGAAAAACGAGUAAAGAAUUAGUCCAACAAAUGGUUGAGAAAAAAACCAAGAAACAGAAAACGAGAGUAACAACAACAGUAAACAAAAGUGUACUGUUGCGCCGAUACCAACAAUACCGUAGGGAAAAAAAUUGAGUUUGCAAAACCAGCGGGCCGUUUUCUUAUUCAUGGUUUUGUCCCAAAUUUUCACUUGAAUCUUUCGCUCAGCUAUAGCCGUUUAGAUCAAACAGGUGACAUGAAUUCACAAGGUACUCCCUUUUUUUUCAUUUAUCUAUUUGUCUUUUCUCUUUCCAAUGUGUACAUAUAUGAUGAUAAUUUAAGUUUAUAAAGCCUAUCUUCUGGAGUCGUUGAAUACUUAAUUUUAAUACUUAAAAGUACUGUGCGUGUACACAUUCGACAUGCCAAGCACACAUACAGGGGCCCUUUUUCCAUUUCCUUUUUUAAGGAAGCAAAAGCCUCUCAGUACCUCUCAUUAUAGGUUAUUGAUUGAUUUUACUCCUCUAUAAGUAUCGUAAGAAGGUAUGUGUUUAGAUUUCAAAUUGGACUAGGCUGUUAUUGUUACAUCGAUCAUAAUUUCUCGUUUUGCUCAAUAGCUUAGCUUGAUUAGUUUUGAGCAAUUUUCAUUAAUUGAAAGCAAUGUGGGAUUUAAAU